AUGGAGCCGGUACGGCUGCAGCGCGGCCUGGAGGCUCUACGCGCGCUGGCGCUGGCGCAGCCCGACACCGCGCAUCCGCCGCACGUGCCGCAAGUGGCGCCGAAUGGCGCCCCGUGCGCGCCGGAGGCGGAGCGGGCAGCUCAGCUGCAGGCGGCUUUGGAGGACUUCGGCCGGCACAAGGCGCGGCUGCGGCGCUUGCAGCGCUUGCGGGCACAGAAGCAGGCGGAGCUGCAGCGGGAGACUUUGGCCUCAGAGGACAGCGCCCAAGCGGUCAACGAGGCCCUAGCGCAAGCCCAGCAAAUGCUGCGGGAGAUCUCAGAGCCCGAGGAGCUGCGAGUCUUGCGGAGGGAGGUGGCGCACCAGGCACAGGAGCUGCAAACCCUCGCGGAGGUCGCUGCGCGGAUCAUCGGCAUGGCGCAAAAUGGGGGGCUGAAGAUGCGGCCUGAAGUGGAGAUGGAUGACAUGCCCUUGAACACCGAGCUUGAGGCGCAGCAGGAGAAGUGCAUCAUCAACGACGAGGGUCUGAUGCUGCUUUGCGGUGCCAAGGUCUUGCUCUGCUUGAGCCUCCCUUUGGUCCAGCUCUGUGUGGUGGUGGCUGCGCAGGUCUACCUGGGUGAGAGCGCCUGGAAUGCGGCCAACCUCACCUUCCAGGAGCGGACCUGGCAGCACUACAUGCAUAGCCUGAGCCGCUUCGCGCUAGAGCGGCCUUUGUCGCUGGCCUGGCUCUACGUGUAA